GUUGACCUCCCGCCCCCAAGCCCACCGAUGGCCCUUCUCCGGCCACGUGACCGUUCGCAGCCCCCGUGACUCGCCGCCGCCGACCCCUCCCCUCGGGCCGCAGCCCGAUUUGCCCCGCCCCUCAAGCCCACGUGACCGGCUCUCUCCCACCUGACUGGCUCCUCCCUUUCCCCCGGGCCGGACCGGGCCGCCGUCGCAGCUGCCCGAUUCCAAAAUGGCAGCCGCGCACAGCGCGCACCCGAGCGGCCGGACCUCCCUGACUCCUGGGCCGCCCCCCUCUCGCUCCCUGCCUCCCUCCUUCGGCCUUCACCUACAUGCCUCCGGAUUGGCCGCUAGGAAUCCCGCCCCUCCAGAGCCCCGCCUGCUAUUGGUCACGAUCUUAUAAUCAAUGGAUAAAGUGGGGAAAAUGUGGAAUAACUUCAAAUACAGGUGCCAGAACCUCUUCAGUCAUGAGGGAGGAAGCCGCAGUGAAAAUAUGGACAUGAACUCCAGCAGGUGUUCGUCUGUCAAGGAGAGAAACCCGGGCGUAGGAGACUCAGGCCCUCAGCAGCACAGCAGUCCCCUGCGAGAAAGUGUCGCCUUCCAGCUGGGACUAAGCCCUUCAAAGACUUCUUCAAGGAGAAACCAAAACUGUGCCGCUGAAAUUCCUCAGAUUGUGGAAAUAAGCAUUGAAAAGGAUAAUGAUUCCUGUGUCACCCCAGGAACAAGACUUGCCAGAAGAGAUUCCUACUCGCGACAUGCUCCAUGGGGUGGGAAGAAAAAACAUUCCUGUUCUACAAAGACACAAAGUUCAUUGGAUACCGAUAAAAAAUUUGGUAGAACUCGAAGCGGACUUCAAAGGAGAGAGAGGCGCUACGGCGUAAGCUCCAUGCACGAUAUGGACAGCAUUUCCAGCAGAACCGUGGGAAGUCGCUCUCUGAGACAGAGGUUGCAGGAUACUGUGGGCUUGUGUUUUCCCAUGAGGACUUACAACAAGCAGUCAAAACCCCUCUUUUCUAAUAAAAGGAAAAUCCACCUUUCUGAGUUAAUGCUUGAGAAAUGCCCUUUUCCUGCUGGCUCAGAUUUAGCCCAGAAAUGGCAUUUGAUUAAACAGCAUACAGCCCCCGUGAGCCCACAUUCAACAUUUUUUGAUACAUUCGAUCCAUCCUUGGUCUCUACAGAAGAUGAAGAAGAUAGGCUUAGAGAGAGAAGGCGGCUUAGUAUUGAAGAAGGGGUUGACCCCCCUCCCAAUGCACAAAUACAUACAUUUGAAGCCACUGCACAGGUUAAUCCGUUAUAUAAACUGGGACCAAAGUUAGCUCCUGGAAUGACUGAAAUAAGUGGGGACAGUUCUGCAAUUCCACAGGCUAAUUGUGACUCAGAAGAGGACACAACCACCCUGUGUUUGCAGUCGCGUAGGCAGAAGCAACGUCAGGUGUCUGGAGACAGCCAUGCGCAUGUUAGCAGACAGGGAGCGUGGAAAGUGCAUACGCAGAUUGAUUACAUACACUGCCUCGUGCCCGAUUUGCUUCAGAUUACAGGUAAUCCCUGUUACUGGGGAGUGAUGGACCGUUAUGAAGCAGAAGCCCUUCUCGAAGGGAAGCCUGAAGGCACAUUUUUGCUCAGGGACUCUGCGCAAGAGGACUACCUCUUCUCUGUGAGCUUCCGUCGCUACAACAGAUCCCUGCAUGCCCGGAUCGAACAGUGGAAUCACAACUUUAGUUUUGAUGCUCAUGACCCGUGUGUAUUUCACUCCUCCACCGUAACAGGACUUUUGGAACAUUAUAAAGAUCCCAGUUCUUGCAUGUUUUUUGAACCAUUGCUUACUAUAUCACUAAACAGGACUUUCCCUUUUAGCCUGCAGUAUAUCUGCCGUGCAGUAAUCUGCAGAUGCACUACAUAUGAUGGAAUUGAUGGGCUCCCUUUGCCAUCAAUGUUGCAGGAUUUUUUAAAAGAGUAUCAUUAUAAGCAAAAAGUUAGAGUUCGCUGGUUAGAACGAGAACCAGUCAAGGCAAAGUAAACUCUCCUGUCCCCAAAGGGCAUUAACUAGAUCUGCUUCUAUGUGCAUCGACAGUACACCUAUAGCAAGCACACGUAUCAGUGUUAGGUUUUUUCAGUACAGUAUGUAAGCUUAGUGUUAGUAUCUGUCAGAUGUGAUCUGCUGUUACUCAGAUAAACGUGGUGCCUAUUGAGACAACAGAGGAUAGAGCUACAGGGUUCAGUAAGGCUGCAAAAAGAUUUUGCCGAUUUAGCUGACAGUUUGGUUUUUAAUGCCUGUAGUAAUUGAAUGACGCAACUCUGGGGCAUUUGCUAUGAAGAAUUCUUUUUCUUACUGAAGAACAAAUUAUUAAUAUUGGAUGAGUAUUUCAACAGUGUGACUAAUGUUUGAAAUUAUUUUUUUCUAAGAAUUUUUCUAUAACCUUCCAAAAGUAGUGAUGUUUGUAGUUAACUAUAAAUCAAGCUUUGGAAGUCCAAAAAAUAAAGACUGCCUUCCUUUUAGAAAAAAAAAUGCAAUUUUCUGGCCACAAGGGCAUAGUGCAGUUCACUGAAGUGUUGAUAUAGUUUAUAGUCAGUCUCCUUUUCUCUUCUGCAAAAGGUACGGUUAAGUAAACCAGGUUUUCUAAAUAGUAGUUCUUAAACUUUCAGACUUAUAAAGUUGGUAGUAGAAUUUUAUUUAGAGGCCUUGGGUAUUUUUUAAUGAGUGCUUUAACUUAAAACACAUUGGGAAUAGCUGCUGCAAUGUGCUCCUGCGCGUGGGUUUUGAAGUUGACAUGUGCAGUCUAAUCAUUGAUUCGCUAAGGUCGGAUCUUUUCCUAUGCCCAUGAUGAGUUUGUGAACCGUGAAGAAAGUGAGACUAGAGGAGGCCCAGACAAGUCUGACAAUAAUAACUGCAGUGGUUGCUGAUGUUGAGAUUAUUGUUAAACUGUAAUUGAUAAUUUGGAUGGCAGUAUUUAUCUCUUUGUUGUAAACUCUCAUAGCUGAAUUGCUUAAGUACAAUUUAUAGAAUUUCAGUGCAGUUAAUUUUUACUGGAAACUCUGAAACCUAAAUUGCAGAUUUAAAAGGUACUGUACGACCAUUGUAUCUGUAAAUAACUUUACUUAGCACCUUUUUGUCACUUAGAAUAGGAUGCAGUACUACUUGAGUGAGCUAUUUUGGAAGUAAUACCAAGUUCUAGUGUUUGCUUCUUAGUAUUGAACUGAAUUUACAGUUCUGUCCUAGACGUUUUGCACUAAAGUAGUCGAAUCCAUUCUUGUGUCUUUUUGUUAAUGUGCUCUGUACCACUGGUGAGUGCUCCUUAGUUUCCUUACCUGCUGCUACAGAAAGUUAUUUUACAUCCUGACGCCUAUCGCCAAGGCUCCAAAACAGAGAAGCUAUAUUUGUAUGCAACACUAACCCUUUGACUGCUGAUGUGUGUUUCUGCUUGCUGUGCCUUGUUAUGGCUGCUUUUUUGUGCUAAUAAAGUAUGUUUGGUGUUCUCCUUGUAUAUCUGCUGUUUUAUACAUUUGCAACAAUUUCUCUUGUAAAUGGAAUGGUUUGGGGUUUUUAAAUAAGCAUUACCUGACAACCUGCUAUAGUUAAUGCAGAAUUACUGUGCAGUCUAAUAUUGACUUAUUCUGAGUAAGCUAACUCUAAAUUUACUGCUAUACAUCUUUCCAAUCAUAAUCACAUACACUGUGGAACAGUAUCUAUAGUUACUGCAAAUUACUGUACAGUUUAGGUUAUAACAGAAAAUGAACAGAGAAAUGUUGACUAAGCCUAUUGAUUUCUCUGCUUAUAAGUGAAAGAUUGAAACUAUCAAUGACAUGUUAAAUGAAUAUCUGUAGCCUCUCACUGCAUCAGAAACAAGUUCAAUGAAGUCUUGUGAACUAAUAAUGCAUCAACACCAUUUAUUGGUUUGGGGACCAUUUUAAUUAAGAAUCAGUGCUCAAAAUGUAGAACUUUAACCAAAGACUUGUCCAUUUUAAAGCAAAAUGGGGAUUGAAGGGACUUACAAUUCUUGUUAUUUCUAAUAGAAGUCCCUGAAGAACAUAUACCAAAGUGUUUGAGAACUUCAUCCAAACCUACUUUAAAGCAUUAUGUGCAAUUAAGUUGUUAUGACAUAAUUAUAUUGCAAAAUUGUCGGGUCCGUUUUCUUGAGCUUAUAAUGUACCUGGAAAAUAAACCUCUUGGGAAAAGAAGUUCAUACUUAUUAUUGGAGAAAGACUAUAUAUGCAAGCAAGAUCUUGUUUUAAAGAGGUAACUUGAAACUCCAAGAAAGCACUUGAUGUUUUAUACGCUUGUAGCAAAUUGAUGUUCUAAUCGUAGUUUUAUAGAAAGUAUUAAUGCUUUUAUGUAUUUCAGAACUUUCAUUUGUUAAAUGGAAAUUGUUUUAAAUGUGUAAAUAUUUGAGUUUAUGUAAGCAUGUAUACACUGUGCUAAAAUUCACUUAUGUUUCAGUUUGUGUAUAAUAUUAAUAUGCAACUUUCGGUUUAAAAAAUUUUCUUAAAAAAUUAGUGGCUUACAUUUUAAAAAAGAAAAAUCACCAGCAUGAAAUUGCACCUAAGUCUAUAUUCACUGUGUCUUUUUCUGAAUCCCAUUGUAGCCUGUCAACUAAAUUUGUGUUUUCAUGGUC